CGAUAUUCGUGUAUUUUUAGGAGCUGAGGACCAAGGCGUGAUUGUUGUGAGGCAUCAGGACAGCAUAUAAGAUGUUUAUCACUGUGAAGUAUGGAGCUGAUAAUCAAAUUUUAUUGAAUCCUAACUGCAAGCUGGUGAAUUUAGCAGAAGUCUUGAGGGAGAAGUGUCAAUGUGGAAGUGAGGUUUCUAUAGAUCUCUUGGAUGAAUCAGGAACGCUAAUAAAUCUCAGUGAUCUGGAGGGUUCUCAAGAGGUUGCUACUAAUCAUCUAAAGGAACGACAGUGCUAUAUAUUGGUCAAAAUAAUCCGAGGUGAUGGAACAGAGCCAGCCCGCUAUGAGUCUAUGCUGGAAAACCUAGCGAAACGUCACCCAGAGCUAGCAGAACGCCUACAAAAGCUGUCUAAUCCUCAUGUGCGGGACAAAUGGCGCAAUCCAGCCGGCAAGAAAUCUCGAGCAUCCAAAGAAACGCCUUUUACUUCUCCUACAAAACCAAGAACUGCUUCCCAGCAGAAAAGCCGGCCAGCCUGAAGAGCUGGUGUACAUUUUGGGGACUAUUUACAGUCA